CCAUUGUGGAGAUAUGAAUCUUCCAGAAAGAUGUACCUUUGAAAAAUCUUACUUCUUUUUCUUGUACUUGUUUGGCCUCCUCUCUCUCUCCGCAUUCUUGCACCUGUAUCCCCAGAUGUCUUUCCAUCAAUUGAAAAGCCACUUGAGAAACGCCACCUAUGUCCCCUUGAUGGAACGCCCUCCUUUCCUCAACACGACCACUGCUACUCCUACCACAACUACUAAACCAGUAGAUACUGGUAUAUGGACAGUGAACUCCAUUGGGCGUUUGGGGAACCAGAUGGGGGAAUACGCCACACUUUAUGCUUUAGCCAAACUCAAUGGACACAAGGCCUUCAUCCUCCCGUCCAUGCACCAAUAUCUGUCCCCAAUCUUCCGGAUUACUUUACCUGUGAUCCAUACUGAGAUGGUUAAAAAUAUCCGUUGGAGGAACUUCAAUCUACAUGACUGGAUGUCAGAAGACUAUCGUCAUAUUAAGGGAAAAUACGUCCGCUUGACAGGCUACCCAUGCUCUUACACAUUUUAUCACCAUAUCCGCCAAGAGAUACUUCAGGAGUUCACUUUCCAUGAUCACAUCAAAGAGGAGGCCAAUCAAUACCUUCGGUCUCUGAGAAAGACGGGAAAAGAGGUGACAUAUGUUGGUGUCCAUGUCCGAAGGGGGGAUUACGUCUGGGUGAUGCCAAAUGCCUGGAAAGGUGUGGUGGCUGAUAAAAAGUACCUGGAAAAAGCCAUGCAUUACUUCAGAGUGAAGUAUGACAACCCCAUCUUUGUGGUGACCAGCAAUGGAAUGGAUUGGUGCAAGCAAAACAUUAAUGCUUCCGGAGGGGAUGUUUACUUUGCUGGAGAUGGGCGGGAAUCUUCUCCAGGGAGAGAUUUUGCUCUCCUUGCUCAUUGCAACCACACAAUAAUGACUAUUGGGACAUUUGGGAUCUGGGCUGGUUACAUUGCUGGUGGGGAGACAGUGUACUUGGCCAACUACACCCUGCCAGACUCUCCCUUCCUCAAAGUCUUCAGGCCCUCAGCAGCCUUUUUGCCCGAAUGGAUAGGCAUCCCAGCGGACUUGUCCCCUCUGCUGAACAAAACAAAAGUGUCACAUUAGUUAUGACUCAGUGAUGUGACACAGUUUCUCUUGUCUGGGAUCUGUUCCUCAGGGAAAUACAAGAGACUGAUCUUAGGAAUUCACAUCAACCUAAAGCCAGCAUCAAGGAAUUGCACUGAGGUGUAAAAGAGACAGUUCCAAUAACAGUAUUUUUCCAUUUUGCUUAAACAACAUCACUGCAACAAGACAACAUACUGGUUUGAGUGAUUAAGUCACACAUCUUCGCAUCAUCAUGCCCGUAGAAAGAUUCAAACAUAACAUAUGGACCUAUCUCUUUUACAUCAUGAAUCUUAAAUAAAUAAAUAUACUUUAUUUAUAUUCCGCUCUUUCUCCCCAAGGGGACUCAGGGAGGUUUACAGAACACAUAUACGGCAAACAUUCAAUGCUGUUAUACAAUUAACAAGGACAGACAAUACAUAAACAGCGGUAAAGGAUUUUCCCAUCUUUUCAAUUUCUUCUUCUUCUUCAUUAAAUGGCUUCAAACUACAGGAAAGGAGAUUCCACCUGAACAUCAGGAAGAACUUCCUCACUGUGAGGGCUGUUCGACAGUGGAACUCUUUCCCCCAGACUGUGGUGGAGGCUCCUUCUUUGGAGGCUUUUAAGCAGAGGCUGUAUGGCCAUCUGUCAGGGGUGCUUUGAAUGCGAUUUCCUGCUUCUUGGCAGGGGGUUGGACUGGAUGGCCCAUGAGGUCUCUUCCAACUCUGCUAUUCUAUGAUUCUAUGAUUCUGGCAUCUGGAGACUGUGCUUGACUCCGGCCACGGUGGGUGCUGCCACUCCAUCUUUCAUGCUGAGGAGCUCUCAUCAUCCUUAGAUGUCCACCCGACAUGUCCUUAUGGGCACCUUUUAUUACCUCCCCACUUUUUAAGUGAUGCCUAUUUAUCUACUCACAUUUCUGUUUUGAUCUGCUAGGUGGGCAGGGAGCUGAGGCUGACAACGGGCUUGAACUGCCAACCUUUUGAUCCACAGGAUUCUGCAGCUUAGCCGUUUAACCCACUGUGCUAAUACCUCACUUACAGAAGUUGUGUUCCUGAGCAUUUGGUACCAGAGGGACAAAUAGCAUGGUGAAAAUAGAGAUAUGCUCCUGUGCUGUGAAAAAAGAAAGAGAACAGAGCAACAUGUUUUAGCAAAUUUUCCAUUCAAAUGGAAUAAAGUAUGUAUGUAAAAUGAAACAACCAGGUCAGAUAAGCCUUACAUGGGAAUCUUCUAGAGAUCUCUUGAAGGCUUCUUGCAAAAUGCAUUUCCAUUCUCUAGCCUCUAUUUUGCUUAGGAUUUCCAUUUCCUUUCAUUGCCGUCUGGGCUCGGCAACAAUAAGGAGAACAGAAGAGGGCAUAAAUUCACGACUGAAUCAUCAACACACUCUGAUAAUACUAUGUAACAAAGUUUUUUAAAAAAUUCUGUUCCUGGUUUGAAAGUGUUAUUUAAUUGUGUGGUACUUACUUUGAAAAUAGUUGUUAUACUCCAGAAACUUCAUUUUUGUGGCUGCCACAAACUGUGUUGAAUUGGUUGAGACUCUAUGCAAUAUUCAUUGAAAAUCUAUAGCAAAAUGUGCUGCAAGAUAUCCUUCUCACAAAAACAAUUUUUUGCAGUUUAAUACACUUUUUCCAUGUUUUUAAGAUAGAACCAUUUAAAAUAUGACAUAUAUAACCUGGGAACAUAAAUUAUGUUACAUAUUGUAGUAACAGGCAAUAUCUGAAAGGGAGACAGAUCAGAUAAACAAGAGGGAAGACUCCCAUAUCGACCCAGCUGUCUGCUUGUAUUACUACUGACCUCUCCAUGUCGUCUCCUACUUCCAAAACAGUGAUCAUGUGUGGCUGGACUAUGGCUGGAAUCCUGUUGAUGUCUUAUGCAUGUGUCAGUUCCUCUCUGGCCCUCUUUCUCCACCUUUCAUAUGGCUACCUACUCAUCUUGCCUUUAGGCAACAUCUUCCCUCCUGCUUUUGUCCUCCAAUGAUAAUUACCAUAAUACUGAUAGUAUUACAUAAUACUAUCACCACAUGAACAUACCCACAAGUUUGGCAUUUCUAAAGCUAUUCACACAUACAGUCAGCCUAUAGUCUAUCCUUGCAGACAUCACUCCAUGCAUUCGUAAACUUAAUUUAUUAAACUUUAUGCUGCCAACUUCACUGCAGAAUGGGUUGGUCAUUUUUCUACAGUGAUGAAUGUCUGCAUUGUUUAGUGGAAUUGUGCAUUCAUUGGGACGCACAUUUCUAGCCAGUGAAUCCCAUCUGAGUUGCUGUGAGUUUUCCGGGUUGUAUGGCCAUGUUCCAGUAGCAAACUUCAUGGCUACUCAAAUGCUAAUUCGAGAUUACUAAUCACAACAUUCAUACUUUCUUUAAACAGGUAAGUGUUCUUUCUUCCAUUCUGGACAUUCCACAGGGGUGUGUGUGUGUAUAUAUGUUUGUGUAUGUGUGUAUAUGUAUAUGUGUGUGUGUGUGUGUGUG